UCGGCUUUCUCAUGGCCACAGAGAGACAGCUGAUGGGAAGCGCUUUUCAACGCGCUGUUCUCCAGUCUGACAAAUAAAGCCCAAACGCACAUCAUGUGAAGUACUUGAUAACACGCUGAGGCCAGACAUCUUUGAGGAUCAUGCACCCGUUUGGCCGUGAAGAGGAGACCUCCAGGCGGGAGCUCUUCGGCUUCUUCCGCCGGUGUCUGCUGCGCGGUGAGUGGGAGCUCGCGGCCGCCUGUGUGUCUCAGCUCGGCGAGGCGCGCGCAGAAGAUCCGCACAAUCCGCGAGACAUCGUUAAAGCCAUCGUUACACACCCGUACCCGCUCAGGUGGGAAACAGUGGGCAGCCCUCACAGACUGGCCUGGUAUUGGCUUCAGGUUCUGGAGAGACAGACUGAAAUAAAGGUGAGCGAGUCUGUGAAGAGAGAACUGGAAUUCUUGUUACUCUUAGAGGAGCUGGAAGACGUCCCACAGUCUGUACUUAAGGAGCUGCAUGCAGCUUUCCUAUACUCAGAGGAAGUAAAGGGAAAGGCUCCCGGUGAUUCGGCUCCUCCACUGACUGCUGCUCUUCUGUCCUGCCUUCGCUCUCUUUUAACCCGCCAGCAGCCGCGCCUCUGCCACUCUCUUAUUAGCUUCCUUUCUAAUGGGGACCCAUCCAGAGAUCACGCCUUACAGGAUGUUUUCAUCCAGCACCUCACUGGGCAAGUGAAAGUCCCGGUGGAGGACAGGAAUAGGGAAUGGGUCGAGCAGGUGUGCUCAGUGCUGGCUUUGGCACCGUGGGGGUCGGACAGGUCUGGUGCUCAGCUGGAGCCCUUGUGGGAAGGUUUGUGGUCGGCUAGAGAAGGGCUGAUGACGGAGGAGAGGAUUUUGGGAUGUCUGCUGAGGCCGCAGAGUCAGGCUCUGUUGAUGGCAUAUAGCUCCACAGCGCUCAGACUGCUCAAAGACAAACUGCUGGCAGAAGCUCCACACACACAGGUGGACUUGCCUGAUCUAGAAAGGGUCAUGCUUGGUUUGUGCUGUCAUAGAGACAAGCACUUGGCGUGGAAAGCCAUUUACUUUGAGUGUUUGAGCAGUGGAAAGCACUUUCUGGAGCAGGUUUUGCUUACUGGUUUAGAUCUCAUAAAGAGGGAGGAGUUCUCCAAACUGCAAACACUAUUGCGUUCUGAGUUCCAGCCUUUGUCCCGGCUCUUGCUGCUGCUGGGCUGGAUGCAUUGUCAAAGCCUGGAGUCUGCCAAGACCCUUCUUACAGUUUUACAUCACCGUCAGCCCCAGAGCAAUGAUUCAGCAUUGAGUGAUUUGGCUUGCACUCUGUCCUGUCAACUUGGUGUGUUGGAAUGGUGCACACAGAACAACCCAAGGAUUUCCCAUGAUGCCUUGCUGAGUCACUUGCACAUGCUGGACCAUCACUCUGCCCUGUAUGUGCUGCACUGCCUGACUCCACUCGCCAAGUUUGAGGAGCACAAAGUGUUAGAACUGCUGCAGAGAACAGGAGAUCCUUCACAAGUGGACUCCCCCAGCAGCUCAGUCCAGAGGAACAUCACUCUGUUUCGAGGUUUUUGUGCCAUGAAGUAUGCCCUGUAUGCCAUCAGUGUGAACGCAAACACAAGCACACACACCGGCUGUCUGGACUGUGAGCCUCUGCAUGAGCCGCAGACAGAGGCAGCUCAAGGGGACGAGACAGCUGAAGGAUGCUCUAAUCUGUUCCAGCACUACCUGUCGGAAUGUCAGCUGUACCUGGAAGCUGUUCCAGCAUUAUUCCGUUUGGAGCUCUUGGAGAACAUUUUCUCCCUCCUCUUCCUUUCCGACUCAGACUUCACCCAGCAAACCAGCACUGCCACAGAAACCCAACCAGACACAAACACUGAGACAAGUAAAUUAAACAGCACUAAAGAAGUGAGUACAGCUGAGAGUGUUUUAAAAGCAGAAAAAGAAGGUGAAAAGAUGGAGGAACUGAACCAGAUAAACCCUCAGCUGGGCCACCUGACAUGCGGGUGCCGAGGCUUUCUGGUGGACUUGAAUGUGAUGGAGGGGAUCCUGCGGCUGGUCAGAGAAGGUUUGGAGGGUGUUUGUGGAGUCGGGCAGGAGGAUGGAAGGGCUCUUGGGGCUGAUGUGGAGCUGGCAGAGAGUCUGGGAUGUUCAGUUACUGCAGAGGCAUUCGGCGCCCGCUUGCAGAGACUGUCCAAAUACACGGCAGAGGCUCAGUGGAGAUUGCAGAUUGUUACCAGUAACCAUGGCAAUGGGAAUGAUGGCUUGUACCUCCCAUCUCCACUUCCCAGUCCAGCGCUUCCUCUGAAACGACAGGGCAGCAGCAGCAGUGGCUCAAGCAGUCGGAGGAAGAGAAAACACCACCGGCAUCGCUCUGAACGUCACAUCUCAUCUGAACGCCAGAACGGAGAAGUCAGCACCAGCACCUCAGAUGGCGGGGUGUGUGUCGGCGUUGUGUGUCGUGGGACUGAAGUGUGCCCAUGCGGUGGAUCUCACAGCUGGCUGGUUCCUGCAAUGCUGUCCCCUCCUGAGUCUCUCCUCAUCGCCUGCAUUCGCAGAGGCAACUACAUAGAGGCCCAGCAGGUGAUUGCUAUGUAUGGUUUGGAGAACUCUGAGUGUGCGGGUGAGCUGGUCUUUAUGGACCGGUACAGGGAGGUUCUGAUUGAGCUGGCUCAAGUGGAGCAAAAGAUCGAGAGCCAGUCCCUUUCGUCAUCCUCUUCAUCUUCAGAGGGUCUGGGCACACUGGGUGUCGCUCCAGCAGGCAGGACCAGAAUGGGCAGCAGCAGCAGAUUAACACUCAAGAGCAUCGGAAGUGCUGCAGCUGCAGGCAUGGCCUUUUAUUCAAUUUCUGAUGUGGCUGAUCGUUUACUGAGUACCCCGAGCAGGCUGAUACCCUGUCUAGAAGACAGUUAUUGGCUCUCCCAGUGCACUAUAGACUCGCCAGACUUUGUGCGACCCCUUCUGGAAGAGUUGAGCCCUGCAGCAAUGGCAGCCUUUGACCUGUCCUGCUGUCAGUGCCAGCUGUGGAAAACAUCCCGGCAGCUCCUGGAGACUGCAGAGAGAAGACUCGGCAGCUUUCUAGAGGCCAGAGGUGUACGAGUAGAUCCAAAGGUUCCUCAUGCCAAUGGAAUUAGAGGCUUCCCUUCAGUACUGCAACAAAUCAGCAAGAUCCUUAAUAAAACCCCCACCAGUAAAGGCAUGAGUAAAACAGACUGUAAUGGAGAGGAGAAUGCUGUCUGUAGCCCUUUUGGCUGCAGUGCACAGGAAGUGCUGCUCUCUUGUCAUUCAACAUUAUCAGAGGAAAGUAUCACCAUCCAGCAAAACCUGAAUCAGCGCCUUGAGGUCACGCUUCAAACCCUGUCCUCUGCCACCAACACCUCAGUAGACAGUCUGGCGGGAAGCUCUCUCCUGACGGCACUGGCUGAACAGGCUGCACUCAAGCAGUCUGAACUGGAUUGUCACCCGGUGCGGACAGCAAUGAAACAGCUCCUGCAGUAUCUGGACCAGCUCUGCCCACCUGUGCCUGAUGGUGCUCCUGACAGACCUGAUUACAUACGCAGCUUCUUCGAUUAUGUCAAUGUGUUGGCUUCAGUACUGGUGCGCAGUUUGGGGUCAGAGGAUCAGUCCACGGUGGUGAAAUUAGGAAAUCCUCUUUUACUGUUGCUCCAGUCACCAGCCCAGCUCCUCUCUCACCUGCUGUUUGACAGACAGGUGUCACCUGAUAGGGUUCUGUCUCUUCUGCAGCAGGAGCGUCUGCAUUUGAGUGUGCAGCAGGUUGUAGUUCAGCGCUGCUGUGAAACUCUCCCUCUCUGGGACUCUAGAGCUGUAAACAUUUCUCAGAGGGUCUCAGGACUCAACGGUGGAGCUUUCUGUCCAGCCAGCAUCGCCUCAAUUCUCCAGCAGUAUGCUCAAGAGUGCAGCCCUUCCCUUGACCUCUCUGACCCCACCACAACCUCUGACCCCAGCUCUGAGUCAGAGGUCUCAGUGGAGGACAUGUCUGCUGCAUCCACCAGCCUCUCCACCUCUCCGCCCUCACCAUCUUCAUCCCCUCCUUCAUCUUCUUUCCUCCUUACUUCAUCUGCGCUGUCUUUUCUGAAGUCUCGUUCUCCUCUUGUUGCCGCUCUGGCUUGCCUCAGUGCCAGUAGGGGUGGCGUGACCCGCGUGACCUCCUCUGGCUGGUCAGGUUUGCCUUCAUAUUUUCGUGUAUCUGGACGUAAAGAGCCAGUUUUGGAUGGAGAACAGAUCUCGAGGGAAGGGGAAGCUCUGCUUAAAAACUUUCCCAUCCUAAGAAUGUAUUUGCGGACCAUGGCCGAGCCAGUCCUGGGGGUCUCCUUGGAAGCAGAUGAGGGUCUAGGGGUGGCCCUCUGUGGAAAACCUGUGGUGGGGAUGCUGUUUUCAGGUCUGCAGGGCAAUGCAGCGCAGGCAAUGGCUGCUGAGGCGUUCCAGCAAGCCCUGAACAACGGCGACCUGAACAGAGCUUUAGAUCUGCUAGAGCUUUAUGCACAACCCUGCAGCCAGGAGGGGGCGCUGCGGGACAAACUGCUGGCUUGUACUGCACUGCAAGAAUCCAGCAGCGCUGAGCAGUUGUUUCGUGUACGAGACUGGGAGCUACGUGGACGUGUGGUUCUGCAGGGUUUGGACCGCUGGCCUUUACAGCAGUGUUUAGAUUUACUGCACUUCUGUCUCAGUGACCAGAACACCAAAGAUCUGCUUCGAGAGCAGCUUCAGCAGAGGAAACAGGAGCUGGACAUGUAUCAGCGGAUGCUGAAAUUGCAGCCUCCAUUGCCAUGGGAGACGUGGCAGGAGUUGAGGGAGGAGUCAACAAAAAAUCCUGAAUCUGUCUUCAGUCAAAUGCUGGAGGCCAGAGAAUUUGAGUUGUGUGCCCAGUGGGUGCAGCUUUAUUCAGUCUCUGCUCAGUCUGGAAUGCAGCUGCAGACCGAACACCUGCUGUACCUCCUAGAACACAAUCACACAGAAGAGGCUUUCCAGCUCCUGGAGGCUCUCUCUGACUCAAUGGGUUUGGAGGUCAGCGAGCGAGCCCUGGACCGAAGACCUGGAUUGGCUGCCUGUCAUUUCCUCUCAGAUUAUCUCACCUUGCACUUCCAGAGUCAGAUGACCCCAGCACGGAGACGCCACAUCCAUGCCCUGCACCUUGGCUCUAAGGUUCUGCUGACUCUGCCAGAAGCGUCUCGCCAGGACUAUUUUUCCCUGCUGUCUGAUCCGCUUCUCAUGCUGGAGCAGAUGCUGAUGAAUCUAAAGGUAGACUGGGCUGCUGUUGCCAUCACCACUCUGCGGAGUCUUCUGCUGGCGCAGGACGCUGGGAUCACCAACCAACACAUUGACACCCUGCUGGCUGAUUAUGCCUGCAAGGCUCUUGACUUUCCUUAUGCUCCCAGAGAGUGGUCACGUUCUGACUCUGUCAUUAGUCUGCAAGAUGCAUUUCUGCAGUGUCCAGCUCAGGAGAGUUGCCCAUCUUCUCCAAGCCACACACCUCCUCCAUCAACAGGAAGCACACCCAUGCAAACACCCUCCAGUGAGAGACGUCCCAGUGCAAAGAAGAUCCGGCCGCUGGCCACCCCUUUCACCCCUCCAGAGAAAACCCCUGACCGCAAAGACUGGGUCCCAGACCACAAACAGCACAUCUGCAUGGUCUGCCAGAGGGAGAGAUUCACCAUGUUUAACAGACGGCACCACUGCAGACGCUGUGGCAGACUGGUGUGUCAUUCCUGCUCCAGCAAGAAGAUGGCAGUAGAAGGCUUUGAAGAGCCGGUCAGAGUUUGUGACCAAUGCUACAACUUCUUCCACACAGACUCAGAUGAGGAGCUUGAACAAGGGGAAGUAGCAGGCAGCCCUUCAUCCAUUGAUGAGGCCUUGAAUGGGGUGCUCAGUCUGCCUGAAGUGUCACGAAAGCAGUACCGCCUGAGUCCAAACCCAGCAGAGAACCAGCAGCUGAAGAUCGAGUUCUACUAUGAACAGGCACCCAGCGCAUCUCUGUGUGUGGCUAUACUGACACUACACAGUGAUCAUGCGGCCUGUGGGCAGCAGCUAAUUGACCACUGCCGCUCACUGUCUCGAAAACUGACCAAUCCUGAGGUGGAUGCGCGUCUGCUGACUGAUGUGAUGCGGCAGCUGUUGUUUAGUGCCAAACUCAUGUUUGUAAAUGCAGGAUGCACACAAGAACCAGCACUCUGUGACAGCUACAUCAGUAAGGUGGACGUGUUAAAAAUUCUGGUUACUGCCAACUACAAAUACAUUCCAUCUCUGGAUGAUAUUCAGGAAACGGCUGCAGUGACGCGUCUGCGCAACCAGCUGCUGGAAUUGGAAUACUAUCAGCUGGCUGUGGAGGUGUCAACUAAGAGUGCACUGGACCCGAAUGGUGUUUGGCAGGCGUGGGCAAUGGCAUCUUUAAAGGCUGGAAACCUGAGCGGUGCCAGGGAGAAGUUUGUUCGCUGUCUGAAAGCACCAGUAGAUCGAAACCAGCUAAACCACGGGCCGAGACUUCUGCAGGAAAUUAUCCAGCACCUGGAGUCCACCGUCAAACUCACCCUGAGCCCGACAAUGGAUGAGGAUAUCCUGGCAUCUCUGCGCGAGCUGGAAGAGGCUCUGUCUGAUUCUGCUCCUCCAGAAGGCACAGAAAGUAAAGUUCAACGAUGCAGCUUCCAUCAGGAGUGUCUGUUUUACCUGUUCACAUACGGCACACACCUGAGCCUCAUCAGCUUUUACCUGCGCCACGACUGCCUGAAAGAUGCGCUCACCCACUUACAGAACAAGAGCUGUUCGGAUGAUGUGUUUCUGGAGGGCAUCUUUCAGCCCUGUCUUGAACGUGGACGUUUGGGUGCUUUACAAGGUCUGCUGGAAACUCUAGACCCCACACUGGAGACCUGGGGCCGAUAUCUGCUUUCAGCCUGUCAGCUACUGCAGCGCAGGGGACACUACCACUCUCUGUACCAACUCCAGCAGUUCAUGAUGGACCACAUUCGUGCCGCGAUGACGUGCAUCCGCUUCUUUUCUCAUGGUGCUCAGUCAUAUCUGCAGCUGGGAGAACAGCAGCGCUGGCUGAUCCGGGCCAAAGAGCACCUGAGGACUUACCUACAGGAGCAACAGAGCCGCAGGAAAUCUCACAGCUCCUCUUUCAGGAAGAAAAUGAGCUCCACUGAUGUCUCCAGACACAUUCAUACAAUCGAGCUGCAGCUGGAAGUGACACGAUUCUUACACCGCUGUGAAAGCUCUCCGUCUAAAACAGCUGUGGGCUCCGCCUACACAGGAAAUAGUGCUCCGCCCACUCUGUUUGGAAACAGCCCCAUGAAGGUGGACGUGGCUUGCAAGGUGAUGCUGGGAGGCAAGAACAUCGAGGAAGGUUUCGGCAUUGCAUAUCGAGUUAUACAGGACUUUCAGCUGGAGGCUCUGGCGGUCUACAUCCGGGUGGGUCAGCGGUUGGUACGGCAGCGGCAGUAUUCCUCAGUGCGGCAGCUGCUCAAAUGUGUUGGAGAGUCUGGGACGGCCUCCAAACACGACUGUGACGCCAUUGUGCUCAGCUGUGUGUCUGUGGCUGAUAAGAGCCCUGCUGAUGCUAAAGAACUCGAGACUCUGAUUCUAGAGUGUAAGAAUCCAGAAAACAAGAUAAAGGCGUAUCUGCAGUGCUCUAAGCUGCGGGCUGCAUAUCUCCUGGCGGUGAAGCUAGAACUCGUGAAAGCAGCUCCACUGAUUCAGGAAGUGAUGCGAGCCGCCGAGAGCUCAGGUGACUCUGUCAUGCAUGACAUCUGCCGCCAGUGGCUCUCAGAGCAUCAAGAGCCAUCGUCACGACAAAGAUAACCACUAUCAACCCUGAUUCUGAUUGGUCAAUGAAGUGUCUUGCUCUGCUCUGAUUGGCCAGAAUCAGAUUAUGGGCCAGGAUAUCAAUCACCGUUGUGCCACUUUUGUAACAUCAUAUUUAUUCACAUCGUAGCUUUAAUUCAGAACUAGUCAAGCUCACAGAAAGAGAAAAAAUAAUCUGAUGAAGGUUUGAUUAAAUGGUCUUUCAAUCUAUUGUACCAUACUAGAAACAAAACUAUCUUCUCUAUCAGAGAAAAAAACCGAAUUCAGUGCUACAUCAGUGUUUGACUGAGCUCUUUCUCCUACCUCAGACUUAGUUUUCUCAUCAUAUGUCAGAAAAAAUGAUCACUGUGUCUAAAUCCCAUCCUAAUGGAACAAAGUCGCCGUCGUAUUAAUAUCUGUUUGAGUUCAAGGUAAGUUUACAAUGGUGUCACUGAAAAUUAGGAAAUAAUCUUUACUUUGGUCCUCAUUUGGAUGUGGUUGGACUACAACAGUAUUAAAAGGGAAUUCAGAAGGUGUGAUCAAAGGCAUUAUGAUGAGUGAGCUCUAAUCAUAAAUACUGUAAAAAAGGGACUCUACGUAUAACACGGCAAUUUGAAAAUUACUGUAUCAGUGGAAUAUUGCUUAUGUGGUUGACCCUACAGUCGGAUUAUGACCACUGUGUGCAUGUUGUGUGUGUGUCAAUUAGAUGAAACUCUCUGACCCUCAUGUAAUUUGUUGUAUAAAGUUAAAUCUGAGCGUUUGUGUAAAUGUUGUGUAAAGUAAAUCACUUUAAAAAGGGACGGGGUUCCCUCUGUUUUAGGAACAUGUUAAAUGUAUUGUUCACACAAAAAUGAAAGGCCUUGUCAUCAGUUAUUCAUCUCCAUGUCAUAUAAAACCUGUACAAAGACAAUUAUUUUUGGGAAGAAGAUUAUUAAAAGGCAGACGUCAUUGAAGAAAAAUGAAUUCACAGUAUGAGGGAAAAUGUAUUUAGAGCUGUGGAGAAAUGAAGAGACCACUGAAUUUCUCUAAAGCAUUUUUCAUGAAUAAAGUGACAUAAACGGCGGCAUAUUUUCAGACAUGUUUAAAUUCAUUUUUAGACAGCGCAAUACUAAUAGAGUUAAGAAAUCAAUAUUUGGUGGAAUAACACUGAUUUUUUUAGAGCCAAAAACACUUCUUGUUACUUUCUGGGACAAAAAAAUGUUUUUAAUUUUCAUAAAAUGUCUUAAAUUUUAUACUUUAAAUUUGUAAAGUGAUCAGAUUGCUAUAGAAUAAACAAAUCCGUACAUUGUAAAGCAAGAGAAACAGAGAAUUCUGAAAUUAUCUUUUUUUCCUCCAUAAUUGUAUGCAUAUACAGUAUGUAUCUGCACAAGGGUGAUUACGUGAUGACAAUGUUCAUUCUUGAAUGGAAAAAAUCCCUUU